CUUUCUGCUGUGGUGGUCACCUUUCUAAACGUCGUUAGCUAUUUUGAGUACGUGUGAAUAUUUCUGCAGCAUAAAUUAUCAUUGAAACAUUUUACACACGGGAUCCAGAAGUCAAUCAAUCCUGUUGUUGUGUGAAAGGUGCCAGUGGGAGCAAAAAGUCUGUUUGUGAAGUACCCGCAGUAACUGGAAAAGAAAGCAACUGCUCAACAAUGUCGACCGCCUGGCUCAAAUCAGUGCUAUCUUUUGAAAGGUCCAGGUCGCUGACCAAAACGGAACGCUUCACGCAAUGGUCAUCCUUACUCUACAUCCUUGCGGGUGCAUCUAUGCUCUUAGUACCUUCCUUGUGGGGUUUUUUGUACAAUGUCGAGCUUGUUGGCCGAAGCGCCAGCUACAUUCAGCUUGGAGGGCUCGCUCUUACUGUCGAGGGGUAUUUGCUGGUGAUAGCUUCAAGAUCUGUGCAUAAAGUCCCAGGACAUGGCCAUAUCAACAUAACUGUACUCACUAGACUGAUCCUUGUCAACAUGUCUGUAAUAGUCCUGUAUUUGAAGGGAACAGCUCCAGUGUAUUGCAUCACCUUCUUUGCAGUCCUCGACAAUUCCUUAGCUGUUGGUAUUUUUUUGGUUUGGAUUUCCACCGAAGAGGAUGCAACCUUUGGUUUGUUUUUCAAGGAGAUCUUCGGUCUUCUGUUACGGUUUCCUGUCGGUCCUUGUUCGUCUAUCGCGGUUCUCUUGUUAGGUAUUGUGCAGUUUUCAGCAAGUUUGUACUUGAAAGACGUAACCCGUUUAAGUAACGCACUCAGCUUGGAUCCUUUCUUAGGUUAUUCAGGAGUUUUCCUGAGUUUUUACUUUAGUCUGAAUGCAGCGCACGCAGUGUUGUAUAUCUCCAAUGGUCAAGCAGUGAGCAUAGCUUUCAACAAAGGGUGCGUCUUGUAUCGCGUGGCGAUCAAUAUUUUAGCGCUUUAUGUUUUAGGCGGUGCGAAUCGAAUUGAAACAAGUCUAUCCGUUUUCCUGAUCAGUGUGGAAAUGGUCCUCGCUGCAUUUAUUUUGGUAUCUUUGUUCUGUGACAAAGCUAACUUUGACCAAUUACAAGACAAAGAAAAAUAAAAAGUUGGUAGAAAAACCCUUUUGGGAAGCUUGUAAUUUGAAGCUGAAAUAUACAUAUCCUUCCAAGGG